ACAUUAUCACCACCGCUUUCUCGGUUCCUUCCUUCAAAAACCAGUUAUAACUCCCACACCAUUUCUUUCUGUUUCCCUCAUCACUCACUGCACCAAAUUUCGUUCUUCCAAUGGCACGAGUGAACCUGGACGGAAACUCGAUCCCGAUGCUGGCGAUAUGCAUGAUCGGCGGCGGCGGGUUCAUCGGAUCUCACCUCUGCGAGAAGCUGAUGGCGGAGACCAACCAUAAGGCCGUCGUCGUCGACGUCUCGUCCGAGAAGAUCAACCACCUCCUCGACAGGUCCCUCCCCUGGGCGCACCGCAUCGAGUUCCACCAAAUGAAUAUCAAGAGCGAUUCCCGCCUCGAAACCCUCGUCCAAACUACCGAUCUCACAAUCAAUCUCGCUGCAAUUUACACCCCCGCGGAUUACAACACACGCCCUUUGGACACCAUCUUCGGCAACUUCAUUGAUGCUAUUCCGGUGAUUAAAUAUUGCACUGAGAACAAUAAGCGUUUGAUUCAUUUCUCUACGUGCGAGGUUUACGGGAAGACUAUAGGCAGCUUUCUCCCAGAAGAAUAUCGACAGGACCCCAAAUAUUUCAUGCUCAAGGAAGAUGUCACUCCUUGUAUUUUUGGUCCGGUUGAGAAACAGAGAUGGUCUUAUGCUUGUGCAAAGCAAAUGACUGACAGACUAAUAUAUGCUGAGCACGCGGAGAAUGGCCUCAAGUUCACCAUUGUGAGACCUUAUAACUGGAUUGGUCCAAGAAUGGACUUCAUUCCUGGUGUGGAUGGCCCAAGUGAUGGUGUUCCUAGAGUCCUAGCUUGCUUCAGUAAUAGUCUCCUGCGUGGCGAGCCCCUCAAACUUGUUGAUGGUGGGAGAUCACAGAGAACCUUUCUCUACAUCAAAGAUGCAAUUGAUGCUGUUGCGUUAAUGAUUGACAACCCUGAGAGAGCAAAUGGGUAUAUCUUCAAUGUGGGGAACCCAGACAAUGAAGUAUCUGUGAAGGAACUAGCUGAGCUUAUGAUAAAGGCUUAUGCAAAGGUGUCUGGUGCACCUGCCUCUAGUCUAUCAACCGUAGAUGUUAGUGCAGAGGAUUUCUAUGGUAAAGGCUAUGAUGACAGUGAUAGGCGCAUCCCUGACAUGACAAUUAUCACCAAGCAGCUUGCUUGGAAGCCAAAGACACUUCUUGAAGAACUGUUAGAUGUAACCCUCCAAUAUCAACACAAGACAUAUUCUCGUGCUAUCGAAAGAGAACUUUCAAAACCGUCAAAUUGACUACAAAUUUUCUUGGAGAUUCAGCUUUAUUUUUUUAAUGUAAACACGUCAAGAGGCAGACAAAUGUACAUGUUGCACUAAUUGUGAGGUUAUAGAUCACAAAUCAAGUGUAUAUCUAUAGUCAUAUAUUUUGUUAACUCUUUCCUGUAAAACUAUAGCUUUUUGAAUUAGAAUUCUUCCCUUUCUCUA